AUGGAAGGUUUGAAAAGCCUUCAUGAGUCAAUUGUCAAAGUCCGUAAUGCAGUAAGGUAUGUGAGGUCCUCUCCAUCUAGGUAUGAUAAGUUUAAAGCAUGUGCGGAAAAAGUAAAGAUUGCUAGCAAGGGUUGUGUAUGUCUUGAUGUUCCAACUAGAUGGAACUCGACCUACAUGAUGCUAGAGAAUGUAGAAAAAUUUCAAAGGGCAUUUGAAAGAUUACGUGUUAAUGAUGCACAAUAUAUUCAUUACUUCUUGGAUGAUGGAAAUGGGAAAAAAAUAUUAGGACCACCUAAUUUUGAGGAUUGGAAUAAUGUGAAGGUGUUUGUGAAAUUUUUGAAGUUGUUUUAUGAAGUUACAUUACGAGUUUCUGGUUCUCUAUAUGUCACAUCUAAUGUAUUUUUUCAUGAACUUUGUGUGAUGAAGACUAAAUUGACAAACUUGUGUGAAAGUGAAGAUCCUCUUUUGAGUAUGAUGGCAAGGGAUAUGCAUGAGAAAUUUGAUAAGUAUUGGGGGGACAUUGAGAAGCUUAAUUUGAUGAUGUUUGUUGCUGUUGUACUAGACUUGAGGUACAAGUUGAGGUUUGUAAAUUUUUGGUUUGCCAAAUGGAAUCCAGGAGUAGUGGCAAACAACAUAACAAAAAAGAUGAAAAAGGCUCUUGUUCGUAUGUAUGAACACUACUGUGAUUGUGACGGGUAUUCAAAUGGGCAAGGUCAAGAUGGCUCUUCAUCAAACAAUGUUGAGACUAGACUUGUGCAAGAUCCCCAUGCAUUGGUGAAAUCUAUUUAUAAGAUGCAUUUGGCAACGGAUAGUUUGGAAAGCAAAUCAGAGGUGGAAAGAUAUUUGGCUGAUUGUGUGGAAGAAGAUUCUCCAAAUUUUUGUAUUUUGAAUUGGUGGAAGGUGAAUUCCUCAAAAUAUCGGCUUCUCUCAAAAGUAGCUCGUGAUGUGUUAGCCAUUCCUCUCUUUACAGUUGCCUCUGAGUCCGCAUUUAGUACUAGGGGUUGUGUUUUGGAUCCAUUUUGA